AAGUUUUUAUAUAAUUUUUGUGUCUUAAUAUUAAAAUCUCUAUUGCUUUUUAAAAUUAAAUUAAAAAGAGGGAAAGGGAAGAUAAUAGUAGCAAGUGCGGAAUUGAUGAAAGCAUUUUCCCGCUAAAAGCAGAGAAUCGCGAUUCUAGAAUCUUCCACCACACUCCUCCCGCUGCCGUAGCAAUGUCGAAGAAAAGAGGUCUUUCGUUGGAAGAGAAGAGAGAGAAGAUGCUGCAAAUCUUUUACGAAUCUCAAGACUUCUAUCUGCUUAAGGAGCUUGAGAAGAUGGGUCCCAAAAAAGGUGUUAUAACCCAGUCUGUGAAAGAUGUUGUUCAAAGCUUGGUGGAUGAUGACCUUGUUUCCAAAGAUAAGAUAGGAACUUCUGUAUACUUCUGGAGCCUUCCUAGCUGUGCUGGAAAUCAGCUUAGGAACGUGCAUCAAAAACUUGAUUCUGAACUGCAAAGCAGUGGGAAACGGCACGCCCAACUCGUUGAACAAUGUGAGGAACUAAAGAAGGGGCGUGAAGAAUCUGAUGAACGAGAAGCAGCCCUAGAAGAUUUAAAAGCCAUUCAGUCGAAGCAUAAAGAACUGAAGAGUGAGUUGGAAAAAUAUAGAGAUAAUGAUCCUGCUGCCUUUGAAGCAAUGAAGGAAGCAAUUGAAGUUGCUCAUACAUCAGCUAACAGAUGGACAGACAAUAUUUUCACUCUGAAGCAAUGGUGUUCAAACAACUUCCCUCAGGCUAAGGAACAACUUCAAAACAUGUACCAGGAGAUUGGUAUAACAGAUGAUUUUGACUAUUUGGAGAUGGCACCUCUUCCAUCCAAAGCGUUAGCUGAUUAAAAUUACUUUGCCUGUCUGGAGGCCCAAUCCUCUGGUUGCCGUGAUUCUCGCAAACACUGACAGCUAAAAGGCAAACUUAAUGAUAUCCUGUUUUGUAGGGAAAUGACUUGUAUUUGUCACUUCCUUUUUCUCUCUUGUUGUCGUAAUCUGGAUUAGGUUUUGAGAAUAUGUAUAUAUUACAAGAUUAUCUUUUCUGCCUCUUUAUUUGCCAAUGACAUCCUAUUUUGUAGAGAAAUGACUUGUAUUUUUCUCUUC